AACACUUGCUGACUUUCUUGCGUGAUGAUUCUCAUGUCAGGUACUGCGAAGGCAAACGACAGUUUUGAUUCAGAAGUUGGAUAAAUAUAUUGUUACGUUGUUAAAUUAUUAUAUCAUGUAUAAAUAAUUUAAAGCUUUUGACGAUCCGUGGUAAGGUAAGCAUUAUUUAUUUAUUUAAAUGGUUUCAUACUUUGUAGACAAUUAUUGACAAUGGUGUACGCAAUGUAAAUGUUUCAAAUCAACAACCGAGAAACUGAAACUCAGAAGUCAUUUUUUUAAAUUCAACCCUUAAUUUUAUUUAAGCGAUAAACUUGUUCAGAUAGUUAAUUUACCCAUUCAAUUGUAAUUUAAUGAUAAAUACACAUAUUAAUAUUAACUAUUUUUAAAAAUUAGUUAUUUGCAAUUAUUUGUUUAGUGCAGGAAGUAGAUCAUUCUUUUUCUAACUUUGGGCUUUGGGAAUUUUGUUUGUCAGCCGUAGUCUGCCUCCGUCUAAGUUUCCCAGCUGAUUUACUGGCCUUUGUUGACCUACUUCUGAAAUAAUGGAAAAGGAAGGGUGAAAAUACGUAACAGAAGUACUAGUAGAAACUAAGGAUUUUUUUUUUUUCAUGUCUUCGUCAAUAUUAAUUUUCAUUUUAUUAUUUUCUGGUUGGUUACUAUUGGCUUUCAAUUAAAUAUCUUUUAGAAAUGGCGUGGAGAUGGCGGCUUUGGCGUAAGCUAUUGAUUUUUCCUCCCGAGUAGGAAAUUUCUAGUUGGCGGCCAAUCCUUGCAAGCGAACCACCACCUACACACUGCGUGAUCGCGUUUAGCUUUGGCCUGACUGAGACUGAGGGGAAACAGAGAAGUGGGUUAGUUGAGCAUGGGUGCCAUGGCUACAAUAGCCAACAAACCCUAGUUUCGGUUAUUAGAAUAGAGUUCAGAUAGAAGCUUAUCAUCAAGCAUAUUAUAAUUCGAAUUAUAAUUUAUAUUACAUGCGGGCCAAUAUUCCUACUGCCGCAAUCUAGGCUGUAUUGAAGCCUAUUUAAUAUUUAAAUUCACAAAUCUGCCAUUUAAUGUAAAUAAAUAAUUAUUUCUACAAGGCCUAAAUUUUAAAUAUAUUUAAUUUUUAAUAUUAUUACUUUAUUGGUAUUGAGAUUUUAAUAUGCCUAUCCUAAGUAACUAAGUAGCUAAUAUAAUAGUAAUAAUAGUCAAUAUUAAAUAUGAUUUACUAUGGUAUAGUUAGGAAUAAAAUAAAAGUAUAGGCUUACAUUAGAUUGCGAUAGGCUAAGCUAUUUGAAUUUGUCAUGAAAUGUAAGUGAACACUUCUACACUGACACUACACUGACUCUUUAAUGCUUUCUCAUUUUUAUACAUUGAAAUUUAAUUUUUAAAUCAAAAUACAAUGGCUUAGUUUUUUUUCAAUCUCAAUAAUUUACAUUUGAUUGUUGUACUGGUUUGAGUGGUAAAGCAACCACAAAAAUAUAAUCUAAUAUUGUGAAAAUAUUUUUACAAAUAUAUAUAGGCUAGUCCAAAAUAAAAAAAAAUGGCUUGCUUUUAAUUAAUUUUUUAAAAUUUAUUAUUAUACUGUACUAUACUAGAGAGAAUGUUCUAUGUCAAAAUUAUGUAUGGUAUAAUUCUUAAAUGACAUGGCCAUGCCUUGGACUUGGAUAUGACAUAUAAUUUGUAAUAUUGUCACAUCAAAUUGACCAUGAUUAUGACAUAAGAAUUGUUUGCUUUCUUUUUAAAUCUCUUUGAAAAUGACACUUUUAAUUAUGGUCUUUUUACUUAAGUAAAUUUUAUUUGUAUACAACAUUAACGUUUAAAUAGUUGUAGUGGGGUGAUGUAGAAAAAAAGUAUUCACAUGUUUUUUAUUUUGAUGUUUCAGCGUUAUGCCACCCAUGGCGACGUCGUCAGCAAAGCGCAAGUGGUCAGAUGUAUUUGGGGAUAGGGACAUCUGUGAUAAGCAGUCCAUUAUGGAUUUGUGUACUACCAAGCUGCGCUAUGUGAACCCUGCUCGCCCCCCUCGGAGACGGACUGAGGUGCCCCUUCUGCGAAAUGUACUCAUAGUUAAUACAAUGAAACAUCUCUCCGCUGAGAUGAAAACUGAAAAGCAAAUGGAAUAUAACAAUGAAGAUCUUAGUGUUGAUCCUGGUCAUUUUGAAGGACUACCUCCUCUAUCUGAAUUACUCACAGAUAUUAUGUUGGAUCCUCAACCUAUAGAUCAGCAGCAGCAAUCAGUCUCAUCCUUUGGCUGGACAUCCACUGGAGGGCCACCGUAUGCCACACCACUAGAGCCUAGUAUUCCCUCGUAUAUGGACACCUCUGAUGGUGUCAUGGAAGGGGGAGAUGAAGAAAAGAUUGUUCAUGACUUAUUGCCAUGUACAAGUGUCAUGGGUAUGAAUCCUGCACAACAUUCAACUUCUUGGGAUACACAGGGCAGUCCCCAACAACAUUCAAGCAAUUGGCAAGUCAAUGUUAGCAGUGCAGGUCAUCACUCUCCUUCAUGGGAUGCACCGUGUGAUCCAAGUGUUCUGGACUGUUUCUUGUCAAGUGCCUCCAUACAACCAUCUCCUAGUGAUUCAUUAGAUACUCUAGCCUCUGAUCUAGCAUUCCAGUCAUCAAGCACCCCUCUUCCCUCUUUCACCUCUCUUUUUGAAUCCCAUCAUAGUUCAUCAUUUACAGAACUCUUACCAACAUCAACACUGCAAGGUCCUACUUCAUCAUCCACCAUAUCCCCUUCCUCAUUCAUGGCAUCAACAUCAGCCUCUUUCCCAACAAUCGGUGGUACUUCUACUGAAGACUUGAUAGGUAGUGUUAAUCUGACUGAAUCUGAACUGGAAAUCCUCCUGGCCAUGACAGUUUCAUCCAGGCAUAUGUCAUUUGAAGAUUUAGUUCAAGCUUUACCUCUGCAGCAAUCAUCUCAACCAUCACAGUCAUUCUAUGUGCCUUCCUCACUACAGAGUAGUGUCAGUCCAGGCUGUGAAAACUCACCCGCUGCCAACAACCAGUGUUCCAGCUAUUGCCGCAAUGACCAACCUCCACCAAGUGUGGAUGAAAGCAGUAUGGUUCGAGUGCUAGUCAACCUUUGAACAAUCAUAACCUAUAUUGUACCAAUAAACUUGUUGCCUUCCAGCAAAGGCCUAAAUUUUGCCAGCACCAGGGUGUUCAACACCAAAACUGGUGAGUGGUGUCUCAACAUGCCUUGCCUUGAUUAUAAUUAUACUCAAAUUUGACAAGGACCACAUUUUUUCCUCUGAAAAAUGUCAACCCCAUUUAAGAAAAAAAAAUUAAAACUAUGCCUUAAUAUUCACACAGAAUUAUUAGUAUGCAUAGGGCUCUCUUUGCUAUGUACGUGAGAAGCUGGAGCACUAACUGUUUUGAAGUCCAGAAGAUUGUUCCAUUAGAGGAAGAUGUAUUAGGAGAUACUCAGGGAAAGAUGAUUGAUCCAUGCAAAGCUUGCUAUUUAUUUUCUUGUUGCCAUACAAUUGUAUUAAUGUUCAAUAUAAUCAGUAGUUGGAGCAAUGAAAUGUCAAGUCAAAGCUGCAUGUGAACAAGGACAUAUUCAUAGAUGAUAAUUUCUCAGCCAAUCUCCAUUAGUAUUCUACUAUUUGUGCUAUUCUUACACUCCAUCUCGAGGGGUACCGCAUAUGACAUUGAGUAGAAGGCUGGUGAGACCAAAACUUUGGGUUUGGUACAUUAUCGCCAGGGUGACUAAAGCAUUGUGAUAUUGUGUUCAUGAAUAAUGCAAUGUAAAAUGGAAUGAUUGAUUUCAUAUAAUUAGGGUGUGAUAUGAACAGAAUCACUAAUUUAAGGGUGUCCUUCCAAGAAUUUAAUGUUUUAAAGUUUUUAGAUAUGUGAGUGCAUGUUAAACUGUACAAUCUCCAGAGUACAAUAAUUGUAGAUAAUAUCAUUGUAUCUGUACAACAUGGUUAAAGUUAAAGCCAAAUGAUGUGUCCAAACCUAUUUAUACAACAAAGGCAAAACUGUACUCUGAAGUUUCGACAUAUGACUAGGUCAGUUUCUGGACUGUCCUUUGUCCAUAAGUCAUGGCUGUGAUUUUUAUGUCUUUUCGCUGCUGAUCACUACUGUUAAAUUCUGCUUUAAGGGAAAGAACAUGCUUCAUUAACUGAACUAUUUAUAUUUUGAGUUUAAAAAAUUUCUGUAUCUUUAAUAUCUAUUAAUAUUAUCAUAGCUAGUAUAAGUAGAAUAAGUCUAAAGUUUUUGUUUUUUCAGUACUCGGUAUAAUGAAUAGUAAAAAAUGUAACAUUUUAAACUAUCAUAAUUUUUUUUUUCUCCCACUAACCUUCAGCCAUAUAUGAUAUGUGAAAUAAGUGUAAGGAAACAUUUGACAUAAGUCUUUAGUUGUUUUAAUCUGCAUCUGCGCAACAACCAAUGUCUUUCAGUCACUUAAUUUUUCUCCAUUUAUCAGACUGCAUCCCUUAAUAAUACGUAGCCCAGUAGUCAGCGAAAAAAUUGUAUUGUAUAUAAAUCUAACAGAGUGUUUAUUUUUUCAUGAUUGUUUUUGUUUGAAUGCAAAUACUUAUAAGAAUGGCAAGAAUGUGAUAUGAUUGUCUAUAAUAUUUGAUACAAUGGUUUAGAUCAAAUAAGCUAGAGCGUUUGAGAUUAUUUUGGCCAAUUAGACUCCUUUCAGGUCACAGGUUUUUAGUUAAACAAGGGUUAAAUUGUAUAUAUUUGUGCUACUCAAGUCUCUUACUUUUAUCCAUCAUCUGAGAUUAGAUUGUGAUCAGUAGUGAAUUGCUUGAAAACAAAAAGCAAAAGAUUUAAAUUGGGCAGCUAUUUAUUUUUCUCCACUGGUCUUUUGUUGGAUGCCUUUUGAUUUGUUUCCCUGAUUUAUCUGAUAUCUAAUAAAAGAUGGAGACUUCCCAGGUGGGACUAGUAUUUUUUUUAAAAUGAAAAUGUGAAGAGAUAGUUUAAUGUCGGGAGAUGUUAACAUAUUUUUUGUAUGAAUCUCUAUUUCUGACAGAACUAGAAGCUUUUGUUGAUGAUGUUUGUCCUAGUCCAUUACUAAUGCAUUGUUUUAUCAUUUGUCCAAUAGUUCUUGCAGACGAUUAUGUCAAAAUUUUUAAUCAAUAUGUAUUGCUUAAAACUGUUUUAUUAUUAUGCUUUUGGAUGAAGAAUACUUUUAUAUCAAAGCUAAAAAUAUCAAGGAAAGAUAUUUUGAAUAGACUACAAUUUUUUUUACCCAGCAUGCUUGGUGUAGAAUCUGUUCAGCUAAGUCACACAUUUCAACACCUGGUCAAAAUUAGCACCCAUAGGAGGCAUUUCAUUCAGUAUUUUCAUUAGUAAUUUAUUUUAAUUCUGAAUUUAAUAAAUACCACUAAUUUUAAGUAUAAUUUGACAGUAGUAGGUUCUCUAAAAGUAUCAACUUUUUAUUUAGGCUGCUUUGUAAAGCAGGGGAAAAUAAGUUCUAAAUAUGUAUGAACAUCAAAUUAUUUUUCUUAUUGUUUAAGAAAGGUAAGGAAAGCUAGCAUUCGAAAGGUAUGCACACAGCUUUGGGGCACUUAAUGUUACAGCAUGGUGUGUAGCCUUGUAUUUACACAUUAUCUCUUGGGUUGUUUUUUUUUUUUUAAGCUGGCCUGU